AUGGUGGACGAGAGGGAGGCUUCACUCCCAGGCGAGUUACCACUGGACGACAUCGUCAUUGAGCUUCACCGCGUAGACUGCGAAGACGACAGUUGUUCAGCAUACCAUCCAAACAUCAAGACAUCCUCAGCAGUCAUCAGGCACAUUAGAGAUCAGCUUAGAGUGGGCCACAUUCAUCUACACACACUGGACAAGGGGGCUAUGCAAAUCAUCGGUCCCAGCCAAAUGAUGCAGGAAAGCCAGGCCUACGAUGAAAUACAUCUUGGAGCUCAAAUGAACAAGGUUGAAAACUUUCUUGAAAAUGAAAGUUUCUUAGAGGGGAGGGACGUACAGGUGGCUACGGCUCAGACAAUUGUCUUCGUGGAGGAGGUGUGGYUGUGCAGAGAAAGCAGGGGGAAAGGAACAAGUUUAGUUGCUGUGCAGAAUGCUCUAAGACUUCUCCCGUGUUCUUCAAAGGCGCUGGCGCUUCUGCAACCAGGCUCGACCGAUAGCUCUCCAUUCGAUCCGUUUGAGGCAGAAGAGAAGCUGAUCAGACAUUGGGCGAAGCUAGGGUUCGAGGUUUGGAGUGACAGCGAUCCUGCUUGGCUGUGCCUUUCUCUGGAGGUCAAGGUGCAUGGCCUGAAAGUUCCCGAUGAUGGAUGA